AUGGUUUGGCCCAUCCAGGCGGCGCCGACGGCGCGCCCGGACCGCUGGCAGGACGCGGUGUACGGCGGCCCCAUCCAGGCGGCGCCGACAGCGCGCCCGGACCGCUGGCAGGACGCGGUGUACGGCGGCCCCAUCCAGGCGACGCCCACGGCGCGCCCGGACCGCUGGCAGGACGCGGCGUACGGCGGCGUCACGGAGCUGUCCCCGGAAUUCCCGAUCCCGUUAUCCCUGUUAUCCCGUUAUCCCUGUUAUCCUGGAAUUCCUGAUCCCCCCAUCCAGGUGGCGCCCACGGCGCGCCUGGACCGCUCUGGGGACGCGGUGUACGGCGGCCCCAUCCAGGUGGCGCCCACGGCGCGCCUGGACCGCUCUGGGGACGCGGUGUACGGCGGCGUGACGGAGCUGGUGCGCGCCGUGCUGCAGCUCAAGGACGACAUCGCCCGCGCGCCGCCCGACGGACACGUCCUGGCCGUCAAGAACAUCGGGCUGUCCCUGCGGAAGCUGAUGGGCAGCGUGGACGCCGUCCUGCCCGAGCUGCCGCCCUCGUCCCGCACCGAGAUCGAGGGCACGCAGCGGGCGCUGAACAAGGAGCUGGCGGCGCUGAUCGCCAAGCUCCGCCUGGCGCAGCAGAACCGCGGCUCCUCGCUGGGCCCCGAGUGCCGCCGGCAGAUGCUCGCCGCCGCCCACGCCCUCGCCGUCGACGCCAAAAACCUCCUGGACGCCGUCGACCAGGCCCGGCUCCUCGGCAAACCCUGCCCGGAAUCGUGA